AUGCUGAGCAAGCUGAACAAGCUGAGCGAGCAACGCUACGGUACAGGUGCCCGUCCAGGUACAGUACAGGAGGCAGGCAGCCGAAGCGGGCCAGCAGGCGAGACGGGCGCGAGACAGCGUGCAUUUCGCUCUUUUGAUGCGGCCAUCCGGAUGUGCCGAGCGAAACGCGAGGCAACAGCAGAUGACAAGCCGAACGAUUCCAGCUGGAGCGGCCCAACUGUCGGAAGGGGCCCGCAUGGCAGGGAGCUGCAGCUCUUCCCGGCUCGUGGCAUUUCGCUGCCGCUGCUGCUGCUGCUCGUCACAGUGACCUAG